AUGCCUUACAUCGCUCGGGUGGAUGAGCUUCCCGAAAUCGCCCUGAGGGGCGGGCUUGUUGAUCCCCGUGCUGACCACCAGCAUUCUUUCAACAAGCGGAUCUCCUGUCGCGAUGUGACUGACUUCAUUUCCAACACCGCCGAGGUCUCGCCUCUGGAGCUGCGUGACAAGAAGGCUGCUGCUCGACACUCCGUCGAUAACAAGUCCCGGCUCUACAAGAUCCUUGCUCGCACCAAUGAACUCAACCGGCCCUUUUCAGUCCGGGGUGCUGAACAACCCAUCUCCGACCUACUUCCUGGUCUAGUCGUCAGCGGUGGCCUGAGUCGCUCGCCCGCUUUCGAUUGUAUUCCCGUCGUCUCUCACUGGGGUGAUCGCACCGACGAGGUCUCUGCUGAAGAUCCCAAUGCCACUGUCCGCCUUACUUCUACCUGGAAUACGGUUCACGUCCGUGGUGAAGGGGCUGUGAGAAACUCCCCACACGGCGCAGCGUGCUGGUCACUAAAGACCCAUGGGAUCAGUCCUAUUGAACCCGGCACGCCCAAAUUCUCACAGGAGUACGAUUCUGAGAAUGAUACUCUGACGACAACUGUCAACGUGGCCCGUCGUGCCGACACUGACCUGACUAAAGGAGUGCUUGGUGCCGCGUCGAGCAUAUCUUGGUUGCGUAACGCACGCGUUGCAGAUGCCGUCGACUGUGCAGUUGGCCUACUGGCCGACUCCUCUGUACUUUUGCAAGCUCGUGACAAGGUCGUCACCACUGGCCAGACCGAGCGCCUUGACUUUGCCGAAGUGCGCCAGGUUGAGAUGCCCACUUGGCCAACUGCUCGCAAGCCCCUGGCUCCGAAACUGAGUGGCGUAGCAGACUCUCCAGAUCAGGUUACGGAUGACCUCUUUGCCGCAGAGCUGUGCGAAGGUCCUCUUGUGAAUUGCAGUAUUUACAGUAUGUCUUGCGGUUACAAUCGAGGCGUUUACGGCGGAUCUAUCUCCGGCCUGUGGGCUAUCAUGGACUCUGCAUUUGUUCUUGAUUACUCCAUCGGUGUUCACAACUCUGCGGUCUCGGACAGACUUUCAUUUGCUUUCGCUGAAGUGACUGCCUCUGCUGAAGCAUCUGCCUCUGCUGGCCCUCAUAUCGACGACAUCCGGAUUGUUAAGGGAUGCAACUACGGAUGUUUGCGCCAGAAAACCAUCAUCGAGGAUGAUGACCCCAUUGAUUCUGCCCCGUGCAUGGUUGUCUGGAAUGACCUCGAUCGCCUUGCUCGUUACAAACUCGCCGAUGCUGUGUUCUGCCACGUCUACUAUGACUCUGGUGGUGGCGAGCAGAUGGCUGCCAUCGCUGGUCUUGGCUGUGUUGCGCACGACUGGAUUGAUCUUGGACCUGAUAUGAUGUGUGGAGAGGUUAGCAACAUCAUUCCCUCUUUGACUCGUGGCUCUUUGGAGGAAGGACCGCUGUCUGAGGUUUACGCACGCUUGAUUGGUGCUAUGAUCUGGUACCGAAACAAUGAUCCUUACAACCCAGCAGCUCUCUGUCUUUUGUUCACUCACUGGUGGCAACUCUCCAACUGCCGCCAUCGCCCCAUCACUCUCCUUGGUCGGACUGACUUUGAUGUCAACGCGGCUAUUGCCCCUAUCAUGCCGGAAGGACGACCGGAGCUUGAGCAUUUCCGUGCCAACGGUACCAGGGUCGAGCGUGGCAACGGUCCUCUCUCUAGCGCUGAAGCCCGUCUCAAGGACCUUGUUUCUGGCGACAUGUUGCCGGAGACUCGCUCCGUUGUUGAGCACUUGGUCGACCCUGUUCUCGCUUACGUGAAGGGUGGUGAUACUCUUCCCACUGAGAGCGAGUUCGUCGGAACUGUUCUCGCAGCUGACCUGGCCUAUCCCCAUGGACAGAAAAUUAUGGAGUUGUGGGACCUUGCCAUUGUCAUGUGGGAGUGCGGCGCAAUGUGGGGGGCUGGUAUCGCAGGUCUCUGCUAUGAUCACCGUGGAAAGGUCAAUGCGGACCGAGCGAGACACGAUUUGGCUGAUCACACCUGGAGCUAA